GGGUUCCGUGAUGUGCUGAGAGUGCUCGGUAGUGCAGAUGAAUUUGUGCUGUAGAGCGAUUGCAGCGGACUGACGAAAUCUGAUCUGAUCUGAUCGGAGUAGGGCCCUCGCUCUAAUUGCAGUUCUAAUUUCUCCACUGAACAUCCUCUGAUCAUAUCUUCGUUCUUUCUAAUGAAUAGUCCUUCCGCGUCAGUGAGACAUAAGCAUACAUUGUGUCCUCUCGAUUGAGGAUUCAGGAACGCCGAAGAUUGCUGGCUGUCACCUGAGGGAUUUUUAAAGCAAGCUCUGUGGCAUAACCUCGAUAGCUGUAGUCCUACUCUUGCAAAACUUGUUGUCGGCAAACCUAACUUUGCAUUUUAAAGUGAUGAAUCUCCUCGACGUCUUCGUAGUCCCAGCCCGUCUUUUCCGUUUAUGUGACAGUAGGAUCUCUUUUUACUCUUCAACAACUUGAAACCGGGAAGGUUUCAUGUUGUUGAGUUGAGAUAGUCAAGAAGACCAAACUCUCGGUUGGCAGAAAUCAAGCACAACGGGAAGUACGUAAAUUGCAAAACUUCUUCGCUCCGUAUACCGUACAAAGUAUCGGAGAAGAGGCAGGUGCAGAGCCAUGACGACUCCCAUUCAACCUAUCCAACCCAGCCUGUUGGAGCAGGUCGGAGGUACGUGGGCUUGUCAGUUCUACGAUGACUUCACCGACCCAGCAACGCUUGCCAACAACUACUUUCACCCUUUUGGUGAUUCGCACUGGAGAGAAAACCCUGCAAACAAGUGGAAGUGGGAUGCACAUUCGAAUAAGGAGAUUCAUUGGGAUUUCACUUGCUCGAGCAUUGUCAAGGAUGCGGAAGUCAGCCGCUUACGCACGUGUGUCUACUCUGACUGGUUCCACAGGAUAGACCGGCUUGCCACCAAGCAGCUGUUUGGCUAUGGGUAUUAUGAAGCCAAAGUUCGGUUCAAAGGUGCUGAAGGCAUGCACGCUGCUUUCUGGCUUCUUCCUGACAGUAUAGAUGGCUCGAGAGUGUACCCAGCAGGAACUAUUCCCGGAGGCGUGGAAGUCGAUGUGGUGGAACAUCGGAAGAUGGAUGGCCAAAGACAUUCGAUAGAUCAUAUGGGCAAUACAUCGACACAUUGGAGUGGGUAUGGGAAGAACCACCAAUCAGCUGCUUAUAAGGAGAUCAGUAUGCCCUGGGGAAGUGGAAAUUGGUGUACAUACGGUGUUCUUCAUGAAGCUAGUGGAAUCAGAUGGUACUGGGAUGGACGGCUUGUGAAUCAGACCAUCGUGAACUCACCGACUCCAGCGCACAUGUACUUUUCGACAGAGGUGAAUGAGAGUGGUGGUUGGGCCGGGUUGGACAUGUCGAGUUAUGGUACCAAAUCCAAUCCGGAAGGUUAUAUCGAGUGCUGUCAGGUUAGCUUCUGGAGCCAGGUUUCAGGCUCCGCAAGUGGAAGUGACUCUCGAACUGGAUCAAACCAUCUGCUACGAACAGCCAAAAAGGUCCUGGAUAGUGUGGUCAGCACAAUUGAGAAACAUUCAACAUAGAAAGUUUUCGUCUCUCAUCACAAGCUGUUGUGAUUUAGACGAAGAAGCUCGCAAACUCCGUACCCUUCACCAAGACACAAUUCAGAACUCACUGAGUUACAAGGAUACAUAUCUACGCCGGUGUUUACGAUCAACAUGGGUAGCAGAGCAUAAGUAUCCUCGUGGGCCACAAGUUUAUCUGAUUGCCACGGCAUAGCAGCCCAACCUCUCGAUCAACAACACGUGUAGUCACGGAGGCUGAAGCAGAGUGUGUUAAGACCGUCUUCCCCGUCUGACGUCUCGUCUCUCAGAGGCCAAUACUCGGAAGAAAGGAUUCUAAUCUGCCAGCAACAGGAGGGUAGAGCAUCUUCUCAAAGUUUGCGAGUUGUCGCAGCCCUGGAGAAUUUGGUUCAGUUCUCAAUCGUGAUAUACGCUUGAGUUCUUAUAUUAGCAGUUGCCACAGUGGGAGAGCAUAUGAACGGGGGCUUUUUGAUUCCGAGGGUGGAGCUUCUAGUGUUUGUACUGUUUUGUUGCAGUAGUUUCACAUCACAAUGGUUUUGCCGGGUGGCUUGCGCGGCUCCUUCGAUCGAUGAAUUCAGAGUUCAUCCUAGUGUCAGUGUAAAUUUUGACACGGUAUUUUGUUUUUACAAACGUUACCAAUUGAAAGCACAUGAUUAUCACUUUCGUUUUU